UCUGAGUGUUUCGAUUUUGACCAGUGCACAUCUGUAUUAUUAAUUCCUAUUAUAAAUUCCCAUUUACUCUUUAAAUGACAGUGUAUUCAAGGUAUUGUAUAGGCGAUUUACAAACCUUUAUAUGCAAACAAAUGUGGAUUAGGGGGAAAGUAAGCAAACAAUCACAGAUUUAGGUAAACAUUGAAUAUUUAAUAAGAAUGCUAAAAUAUAUCACUUUUUAUUUUCAUUUGAUACUUUUAAAGGUUAAGUAAUUUCAAAAAUAAAAAAAAGGAAUGAACAUUGUUUAAAGUUGGACCCUCAGUAUACUGUUUGACCUCAUAAUAAACAAUAAGGCGAUUAAUCAGGAUUAAAAUGUUGCAUUUAAUCCCUAUGUGGUGUAUUCCAUUGCGAGUUAUUAGUUAUGGCUGACGAUGUAGCUGUAAAAAAUAUAAAAUUUAACGCUAUGGAGACCUUUGCAUUGGACAAAAGCAGAUAUGACAUCAACACAUCAACAUCACCACCAUCAGUUUUUCCUCCUAGAUCCGCCACGCUAUCUUUCGUUUCCGAACCAUCAAGUCCCGGAAGUGGAACCGGAAGCCUCAAUGUAUCCCGAAUGAGAAAAAACAGUGCAAAGUUUCGCAAAAGGCAAAUGAACAGUUACAUUGCGAGUCCUAUCCACUCCGCAACAAGCGUCAAGUCUACGGUCUCUAAACAUUUGUCUUCGAAACCAUGGGAGUACGUGCCCAUUUUGACAGAGGAGCAAUAUAACGAUAAAAAAGAACGUUUACUUAGAAACAGUAAAUUAAAGCUUGAGUUGGAAAAGUACUGGAACAUACAAACGCCGAGUCGGUUGGAGAAAAAGAGGUUAGAAGAAAUAUCCAGUGAAGAUGAAGAUUACGAUACAGAUUUAGAUCAGGAGUUAGUUGGACUUGAGCUAAUCGUUGACGAAAAAACAAAACAAAUCAAAGAUGAUGGAGUGUUUCCGGAAUAUAAGCGCAUGUGCAGGAAGUUGAACAUUAUACCCAAUCACUACCUCAUAAGUCAUUCGACAGAUGACGACAUACGACUCCGGUAUAGGUAUCUCAGCAAGAAUGAUUGCACGGCAAUGGGAUACGAGAUGAAGGACAAUUUAACCUUCUCAAAAAUAGACCUUGAAGACAAUGGAAUGACAGGAAAACACAUCCAUGCUCUGGCAGAGAUGCUUCUCCAGAAUCAUUAUGUAUCGGAAAUAAAUUUAGCUAAUAACCCAGUAGGAAUCCCAGGAGCCAAGGUGGUGCGAUACAUACUCACAAAUAAUACUCAUAUACGAAAAGUAGAUUUAACAGGGUGCAAAAUUCAGGAUUUUGGUGGUAAACUAAUGGCCAGUAUAUUACAGAGUAAUGAAUUUAUGAAACAGCUCUUGUUAGGACGAAACGGGAUCGGGGAUGAAGCUGCCGCACAAAUUGGGAAAAGUUUAGAAUCAAACAGUACGCUGGAGAUUUUAGAUUUGUCUUGGAAUCAGAUAACUCGCUUUGGUGCACAGGCCAUUGCUACAGGACUGAAGCACAAUCAACGACUGCACAGUCUCAUUUUAAAUAUGAAUGGGAUCGGCAAAGAAGGAGGGUGUUCCUUAAUUGAGUGCCUUCGCCUGAAUUCGACCUUGACCCUCCUUGACCUCGGAGCCAACAGAAUUCCUGACGAUAUCGCACCUGUUAUUGCCAGGGUCUUACCCAUAAAUAAAGCUCUUCAAACUUUAAAGCUGUCCUAUAAUCUGAUAUCGUCUGAGGGAGCCAUGACUCUUCUUAAACCCUGGUCCUCCAAAAUAAAGAAGAGAAGUCCGUUACAGAAAUUAGAACUUGAUGGAACAGAUGCAAAUACAGAGUUAGCGUUAUUGGUUCACAAACUGAGAGAAAAACGGGGCCUAAAUGUGACACUACGAUUACCGCCCUCCAGGAGGGAGAAAUCCUUGGAUCCACUCAUGGGUAGUCUGAUGUACAUCGUCAAGUUCUGCGACAAAGAAGACGUGGAUCUUACAGAACUCUUUCCUAAGUCGUAUGAAGAAAAGGGCGUCCUAAUUUCCACUGAUGAUGUGGUGGAACUGAUCAAGCAUUCUGGGAAAGACAUCAGCAAGUAUAGAAUCCAUGAACUCAAAAGAACACUACAAGAAACUCGGGAGCGUCGGUUUGAGUUAAAGGAACUUAUGACUAUACAUAAUCAGAUAAAACAGGGAAAAGACCCGUACAGAGAGGAUUCUCUCAGGAGUGCUAUAGCCGGUAAACGCCGAGGUAUUCCGACAGAGACUCUUCAAGCAUCCACUCCGAGCACUGCCGGAGUCCGUUUCCGUGGCGGAAGUGACGACGAAGAUUAAAUGUGUCCAGAUCUCUCUGAAGAAAAUACUGUUCAAAACAUUCAUACUAAAUUGCAUGAUUAUAUUCAAUAAAGUUCUUAUC